AUGAUUCAAAGAGGUCUAAGGAUCAAAAGGGCACCGGCGGUACUACAUUCUACCAGGCUGAUAUCCGGCUCAUUUGCACUUCCAGUUAACAAGACUCUUGAAGUUUUGAAAGCCACAAAUGCCAACUUUGAUGGUCUCUUUUCUCAUUCAGCUUUGGAUCAAUUAUGGUUCAAACAAGGUAAUCAGUUGAUCCAGAAUUUGAACCAGUAUUUGAUUCAAGCGACAAAUUUGGAGGAUAAACCGUAUACUUUACCUGAACUUGUUGCUGCCACCAUCAACAAACCUGACUUAUAUCAUAUACACAAGAAUGCUUCCAAAUUGCAUAAUCUUCAACAAUAUUUUGAAAACUUACGACCUUUACAACAACAGGGGGGGUUCUUUGAGGUUGUUAGACCAAAUGCCCUGAGUUUAUUGGAAACUCCACAAGGUGCAUCUUUUGGCAAUGUGCCCACUGAUGAAGUUUUACUCGACUGGAUAAAUCAUUCUUUUGGUUCUGUGGUUGAGUUUCGUACAUUGUUGAUCAACACGGCAAAAGCCAUCAAGGGAGAUGGAUCAGUUUGGUUAGUUGCUGAGCUGACAAUUGGACAAAAUUAUUUGAACAGGGGUUCAAAUAAUGCAGCUAUUUCGGGAUUCACUUCAACGCCAGCAUUUCAUAAUUUGGCCAUUGUUGUGACUUAUAAUGGUGGUACUAUUGAUGAUUCAGAAAGGUCUGGCCAAAUUAAACGUAUGAAGAGCAUGUUGCAAGGUGAAAUCGAAGAUGGAGCUAAAGUUGAGGAAGAACUUGAGGAAGGUGAAGCCCAGCAAGAAAAAUCUAUAAAUGAAUCCGAUGUAGCGGGUGCUUUAAAGUUGGGAACUGUUGAAGAGGCUGAAUUGGAAACAUCUUAUUUGAACAAGAAAUUGAUUCCUGCAUUAUCUAUUGAUGCAUCACCAAGAACUUAUUUAUUGGAUUAUGGGGUUUUUGGUAAACAGAAAUACUUGGAAAACUGUUGGGAAUGCAUUGAUUGGGAUGUUGUGUUGAGAAGAUUGCCCAAAAGAUCAAAACAAGCAAUCUCCGUGUAA